AUGCUAAAAUUUCACAAGGCUUUAUAUCCCACCAUGGGUAGGCCUACAAAAAAUGCUGCUCGAAUGAGAAAAAGAUAUUUAGAAGAAUCUAAUAAUGAGAAAAAUAAAAGUUUGGAAGCGAAUAGAAAGAGAAUUAGAUUAACACGUUCACAGGAGUGUUUAAAUCAGCGCGAGGAAAGACUGUCCAAGAUGAGAAGCUAA